AGAAACGUGACACACCAGCCUGCUCCGAGGGGUUUCGGACAGAAGGGAAGGAGCAGAGUCGCGUAGUCCGCCUCCCUGCGCGCCGCGGGCACUUCUCUAACUCUCCCGCGACCUCUGCGCGCCCUCAGGCCGCCUUCCCAGCCCAGGGCUCCGGACAACUUCAGGGGUGGGGUGCAAAGAAAGUUUGCGGCUCUUGCCGCCGGCCUCCCCGCCUCUAGGCCUAGGAGGCUCGCCGCCUGCGCACGCUCGUUUGGCCUUGUCCGGGACCGCGUCCUGCCCUGAGACCGCCACCAUGAACAAGCUUUAUAUCGGCAACCUAAACGAGAGCGUGACCCCCGCGGACUUGGAGAAAGUAUUUGCGGAGCACAAGAUAUCCUACAGCGGCCAGUUCUUGGUCAAAUCCGGUUACGCCUUCGUGGACUGCCCCGACGAGCACUGGGCGAUGAAGGCCAUCGAAACUUUCUCCGGAAAAGUAGAAUUACAAGGAAAACGCCUAGAGAUUGAACAUUCGGUCCCCAAAAAACAAAGGAGUCGGAAAAUUCAGAUCCGAAAUAUUCCACCCCAACUCCGAUGGGAAGUAUUGGACAGCCUCCUGGCUCAGUAUGGUACAGUAGAGAGCUGCGAGCAAGUGAACACCGAGAGUGAGACUGCAGUGGUGAAUGUCACCUAUUCCAACCGGGAGCAGACCAGGCAAGCCAUUAUGAAGCUGAAUGGCCACCAGUUGGAGAACCAUGCCCUGAAGGUCUCUUAUAUUCCUGAUGAGCAGAUAGCACAGGGUCCUGAGAAUGGGCGCCGAGGAGGCUUUGGCUCCCGGGGCCAGCCUCGUCAGGGCUCACCUGUGGCAGCAGGGGCCCAAGCCAAACAACAGCAGGUGGAUAUCCCUCUUCGGCUCCUGGUGCCCACCCAGUAUGUGGGCGCCAUCAUUGGCAAGGAGGGGGCCACCAUCCGCAACAUCACGAAACAAACCCAGUCCAAGAUAGACGUGCAUAGGAAGGAGAAUGCAGGAGCAGCUGAAAAAGCCAUCAGCGUCCAUUCGACUCCUGAGGGCUGCUCCUCUGCCUGUAAGAUGAUCUUGGAAAUAAUGCAUAAAGAAGCAAAGGACACCAAAACGGCUGAUGAGGUCCCUCUGAAGAUCCUGGCCCACAAUAACUUUGUGGGGCGUCUCAUUGGCAAGGAAGGACGCAACCUGAAGAAGGUGGAGCAGGACACAGAGACGAAAAUCACUAUCUCCUCGUUGCAGGACCUCACCCUCUACAACCCUGAGAGGACCAUCACUGUGAAGGGGGCCAUCGAGAACUGCUGCAGGGCUGAGCAAGAAAUCAUGAAGAAAGUCCGAGAGGCCUAUGAGAAUGACGUGGCCGCCAUGAGCCUGCAGUCUCACCUGAUCCCUGGCCUGAACCUGGCCGCUGUGGGGCUUUUCCCAGCCUCAUCCAGCGCAGUCCCACCACCCCCCAGCAGUGUCACCGGAGCGGCUCCCUAUAGUUCCUUUAUGCAGGCGCCCGAGCAGGAGAUGGUGCAAGUCUUCAUUCCUGCCCAGGCUGUGGGCGCCAUAAUCGGCAAGAAGGGACAGCACAUCAAACAGCUGUCCCGGUUCGCCAGCGCCUCCAUCAAGAUUGCACCACCUGAAACUCCUGACUCCAAAGUUCGUAUGGUUAUCAUCACUGGACCGCCAGAGGCCCAAUUCAAGGCUCAGGGAAGAAUCUAUGGCAAACUCAAGGAGGAGAACUUCUUUGGUCCCAAGGAGGAAGUAAAGCUGGAGACUCACAUACGGGUGCCAGCGUCAGCAGCUGGCCGGGUCAUUGGCAAAGGUGGCAAAACGGUGAAUGAGUUGCAGAAUUUAACAGCUGCUGAGGUGGUAGUGCCAAGAGACCAGACUCCUGAUGAAAACGAUCAGGUCAUCGUGAAAAUCAUCGGACAUUUCUAUGCCAGCCAGAUGGCUCAGCGAAAGAUCCGAGACAUCCUAGCCCAGGUGAAGCAGCAGCACCAGAAGGGACAGAGUAACCAGGCCCAGGCACGGAGGAAGUGACCUGCCCCAUUCCAUCCCAUCAUGUCCAGGACAACGGGCAGAAACAGAGAGUGUGCUCUCUUCGGCAGGCCUGAGAAUGAGUGGGAAUCUAGGACACCAGGGCUGGGCUGUAGAUCAGGUUUGCCCACUUGUUUGAGAAAGCUGUUCCAGUGAGGAACCCUGAUCUCUGCAUCCCAAACACCCAACCAAUUGGCCCAACACUGCCCACCCCUCCAGGGUGUCACCACUGAAAUUCUAGCUCAGGGUGCUUUUUAAACGUGGAUUGUUCAAGGAGGUUCCCCAGGCCCCACCAAUAAAUAGGGUGAGACUCUAGUGGGAAGAGAAAUAAGAUUUCCUUCAGGUUUUUAACAGAUAUAGAAGAAUGUUUUUAUCAGCCUCAAAGGAUUGUUUCUUUUUCGACCCUAAAAUCUUCCCAGCCUUUUUUCCUCUAUUUGAUUAACUAAUUAAAAUACCUCCAUUCUCAUGUGCUGACACCACCUCUUCCUACAUUGUUUUAUCUUUACUGUUACCAGAAAGAAAUGGGAACUAAUGCAUUGUUUUGCUUAAAAUAUUGACUCAAGGGAGAAGACCCAUCUGUAUCUGUUGUUUAAUUCCAACCAUUCUCUAACCUAUCAGGAGGUACAGUAAAGAAUAAAGAAGGGGAAGAAAUGAUAUUUAAAAUAUAUUAUAAUCCACGUUUAAAAGGAGUGCCCUGGUGGCUGAUUAGUUCGGAUCACUGGCUUGAAAAAUUGGCACAAGUGAAAUUCCCCCACUCUGCUGGGGCUUCCCCACCACAUUCACAUCUCUGCCCAUGUAGGGUCCAUGCCAUGUCCAGGUGCAUGUAGGUGGUGUUGAUUGCUCACAGGGUAGGGGCUGACCACUGUCCCUGAUUCCCAUCAUUCUCAGGCGAAUUUUGUAUUUUUUAAAAGUCUAUUUUAAUGAUUGGAUAUGAGCACUGGGAAGGGGAUGCCGACUCCCCUUGAUAAAGUCUCAGUUCCAUGGAGGACUUGAGUGGCCCCAAUGGCUGCCAUGGUGCCCUCAUCCCAGCCCAUUUGCUCCUACAAGGGCUGGUUCCCAGAGGCAGGGCUUGUCGGGCACUCAGCUGCGGCACUGUUUCCUUGGUGGUGGUGGGACUUAGAACCCAACCCUGAGCUCCCCUUAAAGCUAAAGUCCAUCAUCUGGCAAAUUCAGUACAUUGGAGAGUACUUGCUUCUGUUUUUAUAUUUUAGAGAAAUAUUUAACUGAUGGCUUCUGCCUCCAUGAUUCAUUUAUUGGCAUGAUACAAAAUAUGUCUAAAAACAAAAUUUAGAACAGCAGCAGCAUUAUCUACAAAGGGGUAAAUAAACUUAAGUCGGUAAUUAACCAGGCUCAAUAAGAUCUGGUGGAAGUUUAGCCCUUGUGGAGGACAGCAGCCAUCAGUUAAAUGAAGUAAGGCCUCCCCUCCUGAUAUACUGACUGACAAUGCAUAUUAGCCAGGUAAUGCACUUUAGCUUCCCUGGACAAUACUAGCAAGUGUGCUGGGAAGGAAGGCUUCUCUCUAUACAUGGAAAAGCCCAUGUGUGGAGUUCCCCUCCUUCCAACAUUAUAACAACAACAACAACAAGACAACCACGACAUGUGGGCGGAGUCAGGCAAUGCUGUGUGCGAAGUAAACUACCUCAAGGUAUGAAGUUACCUCAGCAAUUAUUUUCCUUUUUGUUCCCCCAACCCCAUUUUUUGGAAAAAAAAUUUUUUUUG